CCUGGCCCGGGAGCCUCCUAACGUGCCUUUCCCCCCCAGGAAUCUGGAAGCUAUAAGCCGAGCGGAUUGCAAAUGAAGUGUAAUGCAUUGUGGGACGUGUGUAAAAUCGGAGCCUUCGCCGUGGGGGUGUGGGGGGGCGUGGGGAGGGCCGGACCCGCUGCUGGCGGUGUAGACGCCGACGAGGAGGGGCUGGGAAAAUGUGCGCAGAGUCCGCCCGGGUCGUGCCCGCCGUAGACGGAUGAAGCAGCGCGCUGCGCCCCGGCUCUGAGGCCCCAGAUCGGGGCAGCAGGUCGCCCUGCCCACCAUGAAGAAGACCCGGAGCACAACCUUGCGGCGAGCCUGGCCUAGCUCGGAUUUCUCGGACCGGGCCUCGGACCGCAUGAGGUCCCGCAGCGAGAAGGACUACCGCCUGCACAAGCGCUUCCCCGCGGCCUUCGCGCCCCAGGCUUCGCGGGGCUACAUGACAUCAGGUGAUGUAUCACCAAUCAGUAUGUCUCCCAUCAGUCAGUCUCAGUUUAUUCCUCUCGGGGAAAUCCUUUGCUUGGCCAUCUCAGCAAUGAACUCGGCAAGAAAACCCGUCACCCAGGAAGCACUGAUGGAACACCUGACAACAUGUUUCCCAGGUGUUCCAACCCCGAGCCAAGAAAUCUUACGGCACACACUGAAUACGCUGGUACGGGAAAGGAAAAUCUAUCCGACUCCAGAUGGCUAUUUCAUUGUGACCCCACAGACUUAUUUCAUAACUCCUUCCCUCAUAAGAACUAACAGUAAAUGGUACCAUUUGGAUGAGAGGAUACCUGACAGGUCUCAGUGUACCUCUCCACAACCUGGAACCAUAACGCCCUCUGCCUCAGGCUGUGUCAGGGAAAGGACAUUGCCCAGAAACCACUGCGACUCUUGCCACUGCUGCCGAGAAGACGUGCACAGCAUGCACGCAUCGACUCUGCAGAGGAAACCUGCCAAGGACUGCAAAGACCCUUACUGCCCUCCUUCACUAUGCCAGGUGCCACCCACUGAAAAGAGCAAAAGUACUGUAAAUUUUUCGUAUAAGACAGAAACUCUCUCAAAACCUAAAGAUAGUGAAAAGCAGUCAAAAAAGUUUGGGCUCAAGUUAUUCCGGCUAAGUUUUAAGAAAGACAAGACCAAACAACUAGCCAAUUUUUCUGCCCAGUUUCCUCCUGAGGAGUGGCCCCUGCGAGACGAGGACACACCAACAACUAUCCCUCGGGAAGUGGAGAUGGAGAUCAUUCGGCGUAUUAACCCUGACUUGACUGUGGAGAAUGUCAUGAGACACACAGCGCUGAUGAAGAAACUUGAAGAAGAAAAAGCACAUAGGAGUAAAGCAGGAUCCUCUGCUCACCACAGCGGAAGAAGCAAAAAGAGUAGGACUCACCGGAAGUCCCAUGGGAAGUCUCGGUCACACAGCAAGACAAGAGUGUCUAAAGGAGACCCUUCAGAUGGUUCACAUCUGGAGAUCCCUGGUGAAAGAGAGUAUGAUUUUUGUGACCCUCUGACCAGGGCACCCAGGGAGGGCUGCUUCAUCAUUGAACACAAAGGAGACAACUUCAUCAUGCACAGCAACGCCAACGUGAUCGAGUCCCAUUUCCCCAUGACACCAGAAUGGGAUGUGUCUGGAGAGUUGGCCAAAAGGAGAACUGAGAUGCCUUUUCCAGAACCUUCCAGGGGAAGCUCCCACUCAAAAGUACACCGAAGCCACAGCCAUACUCAGGACCGAAGGUCCAGGAAUGAGAGAUCCAACAAAGCCAAGGAGAGAUCCAGAUCAAUGGAUAACUCCAAAGGACCCCUGGGUGCGUCUUCUCUCGGCACGCCUGAAGACCUGGCUGAGGGCUGUAGCCAAGAUGACCAGACCCCUAGCCAGUCUUACAUUGAUGACAGUACUUUACGGCCUGCACAGGCUGUUGGCCAUCAAAGGGCUCACAUUUCGUCCACAAGCUAUAAAGAGGUAUGUAUUCCAGAAGUAGUCAGUAGUGGCAAGGAACCUUCCAGUGCUUGUAGCCUUUUGGACCCAGGCAAACCCCCCGAGAGUUUGCCGUCCUACGGUGAACUCAACUCUUGCCCCACAAAAACAGCUGCAGAUGACUACUUCCAGUGCAACACCUCCAGUGAGACAGUGCUCACGGCACCAUCGCCUCUAGGGAAGAAUAAGGAGGACCAUGACACACUGACCCUGGUGGAAGGGGUAAAAAAGUUGUCUCCAUCUGAUAGGCAGGCCCCCCAUUCCUCCAGGGAGCCUGUUGUACACAAGGAAGAAUCCCCAAAAGGACCAGGUGUGGGCCCUGCCACUUCGGGCGGAGUGGCUGAAGGGAUUGCCAAUGGACGCCUGGUCCAGCACCAUGGCGCUGAGCCCAGCAGCCUGGAUAAGAGGAAAGAGAUAUUCAGCAAAGACACACUGUUCAAACCUCUUCACAGCACCUUGUCUGUAAACAGCUACCACAAAUCGAGCCUGUCCCUCCUUAAAUCUCACCCGAAGACGCCUGCUGACACAAUGUCAGGCCGAUGCGAGAAACUGGAACCUUCUCUGGGGACCUCGGCAGCACAAGCCAUGCCCACCUCCCAGCGUCAGCAGGAGUCAGGAGGGAACCAGGAAGCUUCUUUUGACUAUUACAAUGUCUCCGAUGAUGAUGACUCUGAGGAAGGGGCGAAUAAAAACACAGAGGAGGAGAAAAAUAGAGAUGAUGUAGGCACCAUGCAGUGGCUCCUCGAGAGGGAGAAGGAAAGAGACUUGCAGAGGAAAUUUGAGAAGAACCUCACCCUCCUUGCCCCGAAAGAAACAGACAGCAGCAGCAACCAGAGAGCUACCCAUUCAGCCCGGCUCGACAGUAUGGACAGUAGCAGCAUCACUGUGGACAGUGGAUUCAACUCCCCACGUACUCGAGAGAGCCUGGCUUCCAACACAUCAAGCAUUGUUGAAAGUAACCGUCGUCAGAAUCCUGCUUUGAGUCCAGCCCACGGUGGAGCUGGUCCAGCCUUCAACUUCCGCGCAAAUACGGAUCCCCCAACCAGUGAAGCUGAGAAACUACAGAAACCAUCCAACUGCUUGCAAGCUUCUGUUACUAGUGUGUGAUAGUCCUUCUGCCUCAGAUCUUCUGUCUCAUUCGAUACAGCAAAGUUUACGACACUGGGACUGAUGUUUACAUCUUCAGAAAGACAAGCAUCUCAGGCACAGUUUUGGGGUCUACUUAAGCUGUGCUGCUAAAUAGGCUAGGGCAAAAAAGAAAUCUUUAUUUCAGAGUAUUGCUUUUCACAUUUAUGGCUCUGUAGCAACCGAAUAGCAGUAGGGGUGAUAUGUAUACUUUUGCUUCACUAAUUGUAUCUGAGCACACAUAGGAAAGUCUAGACACUGUAAGUGGAGUAUGCAUUUUCAAUGUCAUGCAGUUGCCAAUUCCAUUUUAAAAUGCCACAGAUGCGAGUUGCUCCCAGUCUGUGGUUAAAUGGGGCCACAGAACUGAUCCUUGACACUUAAAAAAAAAACCCAAACCCCAAGCUACCACAAAAUGUCAAAUGCAAGGGUCCACCUUGAGGGAAGUCAAUGCCAAACUAAGCAGAAAGGACCCAGCCCUUUGUGUGUGAGUUGUUUAUGCACCAGUCAUUUUUCACUGUGAGUUUUUGUGACACUAUUUUCCAGGAGCCCAUGGAAGUGUGUCAGAAGGGUUGGGAUGGAAAUACUGGGAGUAUUUUCAGAAUUUCGCUUUCAAGUGUAACAGAUGCUUGUCUUGAUUUUUAACCUUCCAUAAUCACAAACAGGAAUAUAGGCCUUUGAAUCUGAAGUGGACAAAGGAAGGGAAUUGCUAAUCUGGCUGGGGCACAGCAGUAAGUGAUGGAAGAGGUAAUGUGGACUUUUAAAAGGUAUCAAUAUUAAUCAAAUACUGAAGGAAGAUGAUUUCCUCCUUGUGAAACUUACGACGAUCCUAUCUUACUAUAGUAGAUAUAAUAAUUAGUUUGUUUAAAAGCAAAAUGUUCUUUGUGAUACAAAUGAAGAGUAUGGCCUGAGGAUGUUAUUCUUUCUAAUGGAAGGAUAUAAAUCUAUUUUAUGUAGUUUUAAAUAGAGUGCCUAAAUUAGGCUGUGGAAGAUAAUUUUUCGUGGUGAUAGGAAAGAGCAAAUUUAGGGAGAGUUGAACUUCAGGCCUUUUAUUCCUGGGAAGAUAUCUAUAGAGAAAACUUUUAAAGUAAUUUUUGAUUAGAAAUAUACAUGUGCCCAUGUAAUAAACAACAGAAUGUGCUCAUUCUGCUAAUGUGGUAUAAUCAUAAUUUGUACUCCCCUAAAAUCUAUUGUGAUAACUGUUAUGCAUACAUGAACUAUGCCAGAGUAAUGUUUACAGAUACUUUGUAACUGAUUUCAGGAGGCUUUUUUUAGGUGGAUGUAUAAUAAUUAGCCCAACUCAUUUCAAAAUAGUUUAACAUUUUGCUUUGUUUUACGAUGUCAAGUUCAAUACAAAGAAGGCUCAACAGCAAAAGGGUUGCAAACAUUUAAACUCUAGUGUUCUAGGAAAGAGACAUUCCUAAGUUUUACUUUCUCAGAACAAUGGAAUAUAUCUGUGGAUAAUGGAAAAUGAAUUAUGGAAGGGUUACCUUUGACCCAAGUAAAUGGUCUGACGUAAAGUUGCAUUUAGUUUUAAGAAGCAUGUGCUAGUUGGCGUGCACUGUAAAUGAUAUAUAUAUAUAUGCACAUAUACAUGUAUAUGUGCAUAUAUACAUAUAAAGUAUGUGUAUAAAAUUUUGUCACUUCAGAUUUUAAAAAUUGGCGUAAAAUGUAUAUGACACUUCUGCUUCCAUAUUAGGUUUAAUCACUAGCAAUCCAUUUAAGCAAGGGAGAUAAGUAGUCAAAUUCUUAAAACAUGAAUUCUCUCUCAUGCUUUAUCAUCUACUUGGAAAUAGCAUUGGGUCAAACUGGGUUUCUCAGGUUUGGUUUGAGUUUUUUGGGGGAGCUUAUUAUAGUAAAAUUUAAGCAUGCUUCUUAGUAAAUUGCCACAUCAUUGAAAUGCUUAAGUCAGUCAGUUUUCAAUAUCAUGCCUUAUUCCUCCAAGGCAUGCCUCAGUUGCUCAGAAAUUAUUUCAUUGCUUAAAUAUGUCCAGAAGGAAUGAAAAUAUAUCUAGUAGACUACAUAGUCUGUUUCCUUGGGGAGUUGUAUACCAUACAGUUAUUAAGUUUUUCUGUCUAAAUUCAGGUUUUAAAAAAACCUGCUCUCAAAUUUUUAUCAUACUCACUUCAUAAAUAAUAUGACCAUUCAUGCAACACAUGAGCCUCUGGUUGACUUUCUGAAAGUAGCCAUUGAAAUAAUCAAAUACUAUGUGAGCAGGAAAGGAAAUCAUUACAUUUAAGAGAAGCUUUAAGGUAUGAAUUUAUUGAUAUUUCAAAAGAAAUAGGUUUACAGAAGACAUUAUUCAAAUAAAAUAUGUAUGCUAUUUGCUUGAUGCUUGGGGUACAUGAUUUUUUAAAUGAAAACUCCCUUAGACCAACAGCCAUUAGCAUAGAAAUGGUGGACUUUAAAGAUGAUAUACCAUAUAAGCAGAUGUCCCACAUAGAAAUACCCUUAUCUGAAUCUAAUCUGGAUUCUUGAAUGGAGGAGGAGUAGUGGCGGGAAGUGCAUGACAAAUGUGAUUUGUGACAUGUGACAAAGGUGCAUGUCCAAGAUGGCCUCACCCAGUUGGUGAGGCUUUUGAUGUCCACAUCCUUGGGCCCUCUCCAAGCUUUGCCAAUGUUCUUUUCCUCCAGCAAAACCAUAGCUUUGUGUUACAUGACUGCUUAUCUAGUCUUAGAAUUUAUCAACUGAAAGGUUUACAAAACUGAAUCUGGUUGAAUCUCUGUGAGGUGUUCAACUUUAAGGGGUCAACACAUCUGUCGGCAUUUUGCACACUUAUGUAUUAUUAUGAUACAGCAUAUUACUUUAUGGUAAUUUUUAUUUUUACAUAUAACUACCUCCAUGAAUUUGAUUAUAUGGCAGCAGUGUGUUAAAGUGUAUUGUUCAGAAAAGCAACGUUUAAAACUUGCUUCAACAUGAGGCCAUGGGAUUGUGUGUGUGUGUCAAUGAUGGCCUAUGUGGACUCAUGACUUUUUCAUUGUCAUGGUUUUCUUUCACAGCAUUCUUUGACUUCCAGCUGUAACCCUGUAUUCUUCUCUCUCCCCCAUGAAAGCACACUUGCUUUUGUCGCAAAUGAAAGUCUAAAACUUCUUGUCUUCUCUCUUCUCCAUUCCUGCUAAAAGUUCUCUCUGGCAAAGGGCCAGUUGGUAAACAUAAUUUGGCAAGCUGUUUACUCCUAUAGAAAUCUGGUUUGAUUGCUAGGUUUUCAGUAACAGAAGACAGAACAAAAAAUUUGAACUGCCAACUCUGAAGCACUUUGGUCCUCUCUGCCUUGAUCGCAUGCUCCCCUACUAAGCCCCAAUUUCUCUUUCAUUAAAAGAGCUGUGCCAUGCAUUCCAUGAUUUCUGUUAAGUAAUUUGUAUUCCAUUUAAUAUGUUUUGCACAUCUCAGGGGACCUUAAUGAACAUAUGAAAAGGGGGUGCAUCCAAUAGAGAAAACAAAUAGAAAAGCCAAAAGGGGACUAGCUGGAUAAAAAUAACAAAUGACUGCUUCCCUGAUCUUGGGGAGCUCAAGUUCAAGAAGCAUAAAUUGAAAGUUAAUCUAGAGUAACAAUGAUCUGAACACCAGCUGUUCUCCAGUCUCUCUUUUCAUAACCCAGCCAGCAUUUCUAAAAUGUAAAUUUAAAUUCUAUUCUAGUCACCAUCCAGAGAAGAAACCUGUUCCAUGAGAAUGGAAGUACCAUACUCAUUUUAGGUUGGCACAGCUUUGUAAAUUCUACCCAGGGUAAACUACUUAUCACCACCAAGUGUACUUGAAAAUAAAGUUUUUAGCUUAAAUGAUAGACGUAUUUCUCACAAUAAAAUAGCGAUCAUUUUUGGAAAAGUCUCAUUUAUAACGUGGGUAGAAUUCAGAGCUUGACUUAAAAUCCAGUAACAACUGAAAAUCAUGUUGCACCGUCCAUUAGGGGAUCUCAAAGUACUUCCAAAGCAUUAGAUUCACAAAUAGCUAACAAGGUAGGUCAUACUUGUAAUACCCAUACUUGAAAUGAGUAAACAAAAGGAGUGACUUAAGUUAUCAACAAAUACAGUGGCAGCUAUCAUUGAUCUAUUUUCUAUCUGUUUAAUAGACCAUCAUGAGAAAUCACUAAAUACAAUGCUAUUUUUCUGUUGUGUGCUAAUAAAGUCAAAGAAAACCAAUACAGUUUUACACCUUUGUCCAUUUUCAUUCAGAAACUUCAGGGUGUUUGGAAUCUUACAGCUCAGCACACCUUCCUGAUAUUUGAAUUACAAAGUGGGAGAUUAGCAGAUUGACAAAUCCAAAUGCCGUUGCAAUCCAAGGCAGAUCCAGCAAUCUGCCUUGUUUAUAGUUUCACAUUGGGUUUCUGUAAUCCUGUGCUAAAAAUACCAUCUUCAGGAACAUGGCUUCUCCAGGCAGUGGAAGGUGCUGAAACAGAAAUUUUAAUUAAAAACUUUAUUAAGUACUCUUUACAGUGCUCCAUAGAUCUGUAGAAAUUCAUGUGUCAUCCUACUUUGUAGGAUCUGGGUUUCCAACAGAGCCAAUCCAGUUCUAAGUGUGUUCUCAAAUUAGGAGAUAUAAGAUCCUUGACCGGGAUCUUUUCUAUUACCACAGGCCAAUCCCAAAACCAGUUGACAAUGUGCUGUCAGACCACAGUGGACCCAAGAAAUGAUUACUGCCCUCUUCCACCCUCCUAUGGUAGUACCAUCCUGCCCAUUGUCAAAGCUGCCGGUGCUCUUAUGUUAGUGGGGAACUCUUCUGCACACAUUUGGGACUAGAACACAAGAAAAAUGUAUGCAAAAGCCAAGGGAAACAUUGCUUUGCUUUGGGUCAGUAAAAUAUGGGCAGGAAAGAGAUUACUAUCAGUCUGAGCUUUGCCAAGUGAGAUAAAAGAAUCAGCUGUUACCCCAUCCCUCUUACAGAAGGCUUUAUAGUAUUAAGGAUACAUCAAAUAUAUUCCCGUAGAUUUUUAUUUAGGAGACAUUUUGUAGAUUAUACUUAUGAAAAACGUAUUAUUAAAUUUCCUUAUGUGUUUGAAACAGGCAUUGGCAUCUCCCUGAUUGAGUUAAUCUCUGCAUCUUUUCCAGCAGCAUCCCAGAGAGAGAUUCCCCAGUGAUUGCUCCUCUAAGACAUAAUCCUAUGUUUUUAUAGUUGUGCUGUGACUUACAGUUGAUGAUCCAGAAUUCUACAAAGCUCAAGGGGAAAUAACUCUUCUUAUGAUUGUAUAUUAUCAGUUAAAGGCUUUAAUUGCUGAUUGUUGGCUUCACAUGUGAGCACACACACACACACUCACUGUACCAGUGUGUUUCCAAAUGAGGCAGCGAUGACUCUGGAAAGGUGGCAGUAAUGCAAGGUUAGAAACUUGGCUGGUUCACGUGCAGCUGCUUACCUCCCUGCCCAAAGGUUGACCUGGAUACCCUCAUUCCCUUGCUCCCAUCAAAAAAUGGUCCCUGGGCUCUCUUCCGAUAGUACUCCUUUGGAGUUGUGGGAAGUUAAUAAGCAGUACACACUCAGCAGCCCUUCCUCUGAGGGCACCGUCCCUGCCUGCCUCCCAUCCCCUCACCUAGAUCUGACAGCACCACAGUUUCCACGUUGGAAGGGCACAGCAAUACUGUGCAGUCCUGUGCACACACGCUGAUUAGGAAUAGAGCUGCCCUGCAGUCACCUUCAUGUUAAAUAUUGACAGCUACAAAAAAAGUCCUUAGAGCAGUUGACAUAGAUACUACUUUCUGGAAGAAUCAAAUUUAAAUGUCAAGUUUAAAGGAAUCAUAAUUCUGCAGGUAUCUUUCUCUGAGUGACUGUGACUAUUGCAUUAGGAUAAAUGAAUUAAGAAGUGCAAGUGGGAUUUACUGUAUGUUAGAAAGGAGUUUUGCAGCCAAGACUGCCUUGAAUAAAAUGUGUUUGCACUGAAAAAAAUUUAAAUUACUUGGUCUCUGGUUGCUGUAAAGGUCAUCCAAGAUGGAUGUUCUGUUUAUAUUGUAUAGUAUUUCAUAUGAAAUAAUUACAGUUCAUGAAAUGUCUUCCCUAAUGUUACUGAUUUAUAACAGCACAUUUGUAACAUGGUUUUUAUCGUGUCAGUGUACCAUAUUGUAAAUGAUGAUUACUUGUCAUGCUUAGUAUAAUAACUUAAAAGAAAAAAAAAGGACAGGGAUUUUUGUAAGUCUAUAUUUGAAAGUCCCUCCAUAUGGUAAUAUUGUGUUCAUGUUGUUUAUGUAGUGUUGUGUGAAAUAUCCAUUUUGGAUUGUGUUACUUUUUAAGAUAUUAAAUAACAUUUGGUUAUA